AUGUAAAAUUGAAAGGAGGGCGAUUUGCGCAUGCGAAUGAAACCGCACCUCCUCCAACUCUUCAACCAUUGAAUUCCAAAUCGAUCGAUGUUGAACAAUUGGGGAAAAUAUGCAGUUGGAUUCCCCCUGCAUUGUGUCAUUGCCGAGGGAGCAGGAAUGCCCGGUUAAACUCUCGGGUAAACAAACAUCUUAAAUACCCCCCCAAUUCUGUCGGCAAGACAUACAUGAUCAUUGAUCGGGGCCAACGCCAGCAAACUUGAAGAAUAAUGAAUAUCAUUAUUAGGUAUCAACAUAACAUCUUGCCUUGAGGGUUGGGCAAUUGGAAUUCGAAUCACGAGGAAGGGAAUUUAAAAUCCUCUUUCGUCCCAAGUAGAUAAUAGCCCCAUUGGAUAUAAUUGAUUGCUAUAUCGAGAAGAAGGACUAUCAUUCCAUCCAAAUCUCAACCCCCCUCAAAAACGGCCAAUUGACCUUAAAACCAACCAUGCAAGCGGUCACCAUUGACUUCAUCGACGGCAAGCCCGGCAAGCCGGGCCAAGUUUACUACCCCCUCUCACUCAACAAAGUCCCCAUCCCAACUCCACAAGGCAGCGAGCUCCUCAUAAAGCUGACCGCCGCGGCCCUUAACCACCGAGACCUCUUCAUCCGCCAACACCUAUACCCAGGCGUAACAGCCGGCGUUCCCCUCCUAGCCGACGGCGUCGGCACCGUCGUCUCCGCAGGCCCAGCCGUAAAGGAGCCACACGCAUGGCUCCAAAAGCGCGUGAUCCUGAACCCGGGGACCGGGUGGCAGGAUUCCGAGGAAGGGCCCGAGUCCCCCACCGGCUACGCGAUCAUGGGCGGCACGAAACUUAACAGCAGGGGCACCCUGCAGGAAUAUGUCACCAUUGACGUGGGCGAGGUUGAAGAGGCGCCUGCGCACCUGACGGAUGUGGAGGCGGCGGCGCUGCCGCUGACGGGUCUGACGGCGUGGCGGGCCCUGGUGACCAAAGCCGGGGCGAAGAAUUCGAGUCAGGGCGCUGCGAUCCUGAUUACGGGGAUUGGGGGCGGGGUUGCGCUGAUGGCGCUGAGGUUUGCUGUGGCGAGAGGUGUGCAUGUGGUUGUGACAAGCUCGAGUGAAGAGAAGUUGAGGCUGGCUGUUGGGCUGGGGGCGAAGGGGGGCGUGAAUUAUAAGGAGCGGGAGUGGGAGAAGAAGGCGUUGAAAUUGUUGCCUGCUGGGAAGAGGAAUUAUGAUGCGAUUAUUGAUGGGGCUGGAGGGGAUUCGAUUGAGAAAGGGGUGAAGUUGCUCAAGGCCGGCGGCAUCCUCUCCGUAUACGGAAUGACAGUAUCACCCAAAAUGCCCUUCACCACGCCCACCUUCCUUAAGAACAUCGAUGUCAAAGGCUCAACCAUGGGCUCCCGGAAAGAGUUCAGUGACAUGGUCCGUUUCGUCAACGAGCACAAGAUAAAGCCUAUUAUUUCCCGUGUAGUGCAGGGGAUCGAUAAUAUUAAGGCCAUUGAUGGAUUAUUCGAUGACAUGAAGAAUGGCACCCAGUUUGGCAAGUUGGUCAUUGAGAUUGCGAAUAGCGGCGAUAGUAAGUUGUAACCAAUUAAAGAUUUACAAAACAUUUCUCCUUCAAGAGGGUAUAUUUCGUUUACUUGAUUCAUUAAUUAGCCCCCUGAAUGGCUAGACACGAUAGACGGUAAGCCAUGAAAUUCUUAUUUCAAUUUCAGCUUCUAAAAUUAUUUUUCAAUUUCCUAAGUUUGUAGAUUUGGAAUAGUUAUAUAUUCAGCUAGCUAAAUUGGUUAUGAACAGUAUAAAUGCUAUGUUAGGCAGUGUGAUAUUGUGAGAGUAGGGUCGCACUUACAGAGAAGAUCGUACGGAAGUGGUCGUUCGUUCCGAAACAUCAGUAUCAUUCAAACACAGGCAUAACCGCUCGUUAUGGUAAUGGAGAAUCAAAUGCAUCCAUUCCCUGCAGAGCAGACCUGCCUGCCCGGAUACUCAGUCUUAUCCCAAGAGGCUGCAUGGCAUGCAUGCUGUAGCCAAACAACGGACUGCCUUUGACUGGGUACUCACACACACUCCAAACCCAGUCCAUUGAAUCCACCAUCGAUGAUUGUCCAUUUCGUCCCCUUUACAGCCUUAACACACACGAGAGACUGAAUAGGCAUCGCGGACCGCAGUGACCUGUUUGGCGAUAAGAGGCACCAAUAAUUUCGUGCUAAUAGCUGGAUAGUCAUCGUCCUCAUCGUCCUCAUCGGUAUACUUCAUUUGCUGAAGGAGGAAAUGAAGGGGGAAAGCACUUUAUAUCCAGGAGAUAAAACCACCUCCAUUUCAUGGAUUUGUCAUUUAUCCUUUACGUAACAUCAUUCCGCAGCGGAUGAGAAUGUACUUCUAUUAAUGCAUAGAGCUCGCUAAGGAGACGUGGGUAUAUAGGGAGUUAUCUGGAGAGAAGGAGGAGCAGGAAAGCUCACAAAUAUCACGGGUGUGAAAAUAUAGAAUUGUGCUAUUUUAGCGCCUAAUAUCUAUGAGCCUUCCGGCUUAACAUAUAGCAGUUAGAGGUGAUGAAUUCCAUCCAUGCUAGAAAAACGAGCUGUUGUAGCUCCUGCCUGCAUAGGGGAGGUAGGAGGCGAUACUUUGGCAUAACUUUCAGGAGAUUUGAUUCCCCGUCAUGCAAGGGAAAAAAAAGGGGACAUUUCACAAG